AUUGAUAAAAACGCUCGGGCUCUCCGGGGCUCUAGCUGAGAGCUGAGCGUAGCUGCCAGAGGAGGUGGGAGGGCUGGCAAGAGGCCGGAGUCGCAUGCGCGGACCUCGGGGCCAUGGAGCCGGCCGCCUUUCUCUGCCCGCAGUCCUUGGCCAGCGCCGAGCCCCGCGCUUGGGCCCCCGGCAGAGACAGUGACUCCAGGGCUGGGACCCGGGAGCCCGAGCGCGGCCGCCUGGGAGCCGAUCCGCUGCUGGACCCCACCCGCCUCAUCAGGGACCCGCAGAGUGGCCGCACUUACCACCGGGGCCGCCUCCUGGGCAAGGGGGGCUUCGCCCGAUGCUAUGAAGCCACGGACACCAGCAGUGGCCAUACAUACGCGGUCAAGGUCAUUCCCCAGAGCCGGGUGGCCAAACCACCCCAGAGAGAGAAGAUCCUUCAGGAAAUCGCCCUACAUCGAAGCCUCCACCACCGUCACAUCGUUCGCUUUUCGCACCACUUUGAGGACGAAGGCAACAUCUACAUAUUUCUGGAGUACUGCAGCCGAAAGUCACUGGCACACAUCUGGAAGGCAAGGCACACACUUCUGGAGCCUGAGGUCCGGUACUACCUUCGACAGGUUAUUGCUGGCUUGCGCUACCUGCAUCAACGAGGGGUCCUACACCGAGACCUCAAGCUGGGAAACUUUUUCAUCACGGAGAACAUGGAACUGAAGCUUGGGGAUUUUGGACUGGCUGCUCGGCUGGAACCUCAGGAUCAAAGGAAAAAGACCAUAUGUGGGACCCCCAAUUAUCUGGCUCCUGAGGUGUUGCUACGCCAGGGUCAUGGCCCAGAGUCUGACGUGUGGUCAUUGGGCUGUGUCAUGUAUACACUGCUGUGUGGGAACCCCCCCUUUGAGAUGGCUGACCUGAAGGAGACGUACCGUUGCAUCAAGCAGGUUCAGUACAAGUUGCCCACCUACCUCUCUGUGUCUGCCCGACACCUCCUUGCCGCCAUCCUUCGCCCUGUGCCCCAAGACCGGCCCUCACUGGAGGAGAUCCUUCAGCAUGAAUUCUUCACCAAGGGCUAUACCCCGGCUCAACUGCCCCCCAGCAGCUGCACCACAGUCCCUGACCUGACCCCCCCCAGCCCUGCCCAAAGCCUCUUUACUAAAGUGACCAAGAGCCUCUUUGGCCGCAAGAAGAACAAGAGUAAGAUAGCCCUCCAGGAGCAGGACAAUCUCUCCCGCCUCGUCAGUGACCUCGUGCUUACCUCCAUCUGCCCUCAGAGUAGCUCCAAGGAGCCAAGGCUUGCCCAGGAGGAAACUGAUGUUGCCCCCAGCCUAGCAGAAUCUGCCCCUGAGGAGGGCUCCCCCAGGUCCUUGGCAGCCAUGGGCAGCAGCUGUGAGGGGUCUGAGGAGUGUCUGACGGCAGCCACAGUCAUGGAGUCUACCCUGUGUGCCCUCCGCAACUGCCUGGCCUUCAUGCCCCCAGCUAAGCAAAACCCAGCACCCCUGGCCUCUCCAGAGCACCUGCUGUGGGUCAGUAAGUGGGUAGACUACUCCAACAAGUAUGGCUUUGGCUACCAGCUGUCCAGCCGGCGGGUGGCUGUCCUCUUCAAUGAUGGCACACACAUGGCCCUGUCCUCCAACAGGAAGACGGUGCAUUACAGCCCAACCAACACCAAACACUUCUCCUUCCCUGUGGAGGCCGUCCCUCAGCAGCUGCAGGGCCAGCUCGGGGUCCUUCAAUACUUUGCCUCCUACAUGGACCAGAACCUCAUGAAGGGUGGGGACCUACCCAGCAUGGAUGAGGCUGAGGGCCCUACAGCCCUGCUCCUGCAGUGGGUCAAGACUGACCAGGCCCUGCUUCUCCUGUUAAGCGAUGGCACGGUGCAGGUGAAUUUCUACAUGGACCACAUCAAGCUGAUCCUGAGUGGCUGGGAGCCCCUGCUCAUCACCUUUGUGACCCGGGACCGCCGGGCACGCACUUACCAAGCCCCUCACCUGCAGAGGCUCGGCUGCACACCGGACCUCCGGCUGCGUUUGGGCUACGUCCUGCGCCUGCUUCGACAGCGCAGCGGGACCUAGGGGGCCCUGCCUGACUGCCCU